AUGCGCCGCCUGUCGUCGCCAUCGUACCCAGGGUCGGCGGGAGACCCAAGCACUUCCACAACGAUCGCCUCGACCGUCUUCGAUCGGGUCCUGCCUGCUGUGCUGGACCAGUACCAUGUCGGUGCCAUCGUCAUUCCGCAGGCCCGGGCCCAGGAUAUCUACCCGCAUCUCCGAGCCAGCAGCUGGAUCAAGGGCGGCUGGAUCAAGCCGACACUGUUCCUACCGUCUCCCGUCCAGAGGCAGGAAUGGACCGGGCAGCUCGUCGGGUUUAAAACGGGACAGGAGCAGCUCAUGGCCAUCCAUCUCUCGCACUCUGCGGCGCUCUAUCUGAAUACCUUGGACCAAGCAGAGCAGACCGACACAGCGACGCCAUCCAACUGCUGUGAGCAUGCAAAAUCGGUGUCGCAGGCCAGCACUCCGAACGAUGCCGAGACCCAGGCCACUGGCGCUGGCUGUAACCCUGCAGCUGACGAUCGCCCGUCCAAACGAGCCAAGCUGCAGUCCGACAGUGGCAGCUCGAUUGCCGAGAUCUUGAGGCUGCUCUCGGCCAAGCGGGCUGUCUGGAUCGCCGGUCUCCGUUCGCGGUCGAUCCAGUGCCCUCCCCUGCGAGAGGAAGAUCGAUAUCACAUCGUGGCCAACUAUCGCUCGCCGCUGCCAGAGCCGCCCCGGGGACGAAGUCGAUCCAACUCGGCCAGCUCCAGCCGAUCAGCAAGCUCGAGCAGACCAACGAAUGCCGCAGCCAUCGACAAUGCGACCGAGCAAAUCGAUACGAUCGACAUCUUGCCCAAGAUCGGCACCGUCGUCGACACCUCCGAUAUCAAUACCGCCGUCGACCUACGCCAUCACAGCCAAGCUGCUCUGGGCGAUUCAUCGGCUCAGGAAACUGCCGCCGCUCCCAAAUUCACCUUUGUCGAGCUAUUUGCUGGUGUCGGUGGGUUUCGCCUGGCUCUAGACUACCUGGGCGGCCGAUGUGUGCUCAUGUCGGAAAUGGACUCGACCGCACUCGAUGCCUAUCAUGCCAACCACGGCCCCACUGUCCUUCCCGAACCCACCGGGGCCGUUGCGGAGCAGUACGAGGGACUGCCGCUCGGCAUAGGCGACGUUACCGAGUGGGACGCCCACGUCGUUCCCGAGCACGACCUGUUGACGGCCGGCUUUCCCUGCCAGCCGUUCUCCAAAGCCGGUAAGCUCCAGGGAUUUCGAGAAGACCGCGGCAACCUGUUCUUUGAGAUCAUCCGAGUCCUGCGGGCAAGACAGCCCAAGGCAUUUCUGCUCGAGAACGUGGCGCACCUCAUUCAGCACGACGGCGGCGAGACGCUGGCGAUUGUCCUCCAAAAGCUGCGGCUCGAGGGGUACUGGGUCGACUGGCGGGUUGUGGAUGCCCGAUCGUGGGUCCCGCAGCAGCGCCAGCGAGUCUACUUUGCCGGCAUCCGAAGCGACCUCGUCCAAGCCCAGCAGCGGUUCCGGUGGCCGAGAAUGCCUGAAGUAACUCCACGCCAAGGCCGGCUCUCAACCGUGGGAGGAUUUGACCGGCGAGUGCGAGAUAUCCUGGAGCUCGACUCGGCCACAACGCUUCCAUAUGUCCUGACCACCUCGCAGUGGAGCAAGAUCCGCAGCCUGGCCAGCUUCCAGGAGGACCCGGCUCGGCGACUGGUGCACCUGGAUGGCUCGGCUCGGACAGUGAUAUCCAACUACCGGACGGGGUUCGGGCUCUAUUCGGAGUUUGUGCCGAUGAAGAACGGGAUGCCUGACCCCGAGGCUACUGUCACGGGUGAGACGACCGAUCCGCCUCGGUUCUUUACUCCUCGGGAAGUCGCCCGGCUGCAAGGAUUCCCAGAAAGCUUUAUCAUCGAUGCAUCGCGGUACCGAUCCUGCGGCAACGGAAGCCGGGCAUACCACCAUCUUGGCAACGCCGUGUGCCCGAUCGUGAUAGCGGCGAUUGCGGGAUGCUUGAUGGAGGCCGUGGUGCCCGGCGGCAUCCUGGAGGGCCGAACGGCCGAAGCAGCGGCGGCAGCGAUGCUGUUGGAGACCUGCAAUAACCCCGAUGGCAUCGGGGACGAUGGCCGCCCGUCGCUGCGGGCCAGGGUGCAGGGCUUUCUGGCCACGCUCGACCAGUGA